AGCGUUCUGCGUUGCUUUGUUCUGUUUUCGUUCUUCCGUUUGCACCGUCACCUUGCUUAUUAUUCUUAUUAUUAUCGACUCUCUCUCUGAUUUUGUUGUUUCUCUUUUUUCCAGUGCCCAGCGAUGUACAUCACCAUCCGCGGACGUGAUCAGUACAACCGUGACCGACUCGACGUGAGCGGAGAUCUCACCGUGGCGGAGUUGCGCGCGCGACUCACGCGCGACUUCGGCAUCAACGCUGCAAGGGAGAAUCUCCGCCUCAUCUACCGCGGGUGUCUCCUGAACGACGCCAAUGCCCUGAGCUUCUACAACAUCGAAGACGGCAGCACGGUGCACGUCGUGGUGCAGAGGCGUUCCGCGGAGGGCGAUGGCAGUGAUCCCAGCAGCGGCAGCGGCAGCAACAUUCCACCACAAUGGAACGCAGGCGCGUGGUCGCAGCAAGUCUUUGGCGCGGCCACCGCGGCCGUUCCGUGGAAUACGCUGGCCUCUACGAUCUCCAGCAGCAUCGCAAGCGCAAUGCAACAGGAGCUGCGGCAUCAGCAGCAGCGAUCCGCUGCGUCGUCGCACUCCUUCAACCCUUUUGCGUCUGCGGGCAUGGGAGGCGCGACGGCCCCGAGCGGGGAGGGCGGCGGGGAAUUUUUCUUUACUGCCACGGCAGACGCGCCGGACCUUCCAACCGCACCGGCGCCAACAACAGACUCGUCUUUCAACGCCGCUGAUGACGGUAGCACCGGCGGUGCCAGAAACGACCACACGCCGCCGCAGCAGCUCGGAGCGCAGAUUUCGUCCUUCAUUUCAGCGGCGAUUGCGAAUGCCAUGAACGCACACAGCGCGGCUGGUCAACCGCCACAACCUCCACAACCCCCACAGCCGCAGCAGCCCCCACAGCCCCAGAGCACAGCAGCAGCAGCAGCAGCAGCAGCGGCGGCAGCGGCAGCUGCGCAUGCACAGACGCAGGAACCGUUGUUCGGCAACAACACAACUCCCUCCCCUACGGUGCCUCCGCAGCCGCCGGCAGUCGUGCACCUGCACGUGCAUUGCACACCAGAUCAGCUGGAUCAAAUGCCGGCACGUCUGCGCCAACUCGCCGCGGAAACUGCCGUCAGCGGCGUCGAGGUGCACAUCGAACCGGUAAGCGUGAGCAGCGAGAUGCCGCGUGGACAUCCGUCAUCACCGCCGCAGCAGCAGCAGAAAACUCCUCCUGGUGAUGUGGGUAUGCGGACCCUUUACAGCCCCGCCCCGCCGCUCUUCCCAGCCAGUUUCUUAUCCCCGCAGCACUCGGCGGAAGGCGACGGUGACGCUGUCGGCACGUCUGCUCGAGCGCGAGAACAAUCAGCCGGGCAGAAAUUGGACUACCUGGAGGAAAUGGCGAAGGAACUGCUGAACGAGGACGAGGGAGAUGAUAUGGACAAAGACACCCAAGCGCCGGAGCAGCCCGCCACGCAGCACGCGCAUUUCCGGUCUGUCAACGAAGUCGAGGAUGAGUACAGUGGCGCUCCGCGUAGUGUGCCCGAGGACGGAGGGACCACCUCCGCAACGCCCGCGCAAGUCCGUCCUGCUGCGACGGGUUCUGUAACUGCAACGUUGGCACCACAGCCGAGGAGCGCGUUCACUCACUCGCCUGACCAACAAGACGCACACCCGGACAGCUGGAGCGUACGCUCCGGCGAUGAUUGGGUGAUGCUGGAGCCGAGCCAAUCGCGCCCCUCUGCUCCGUAA